AUGGGCACAGGGUUCUUUGUCACCCCCGUGUCCCCUGGCAGCCGCAGCGCCGAGGUGCUGAGGAAGAAGAAGAAGAAGGUGCUGAGGAAGAAGCCGCCGGCUCCGCGGGAGCCCCCGUGCCCCCCCCUGGGGCUGGAGUCCCUGCGGGUGUUGGACGAGCAGCUCCGGGCCUCCAGCCACAAGCGGCACGGGCUGGGCGCGCACCGCGGCCGCCUCAACAUCCAGUCGGGGCUCGAUGACGGCGACGCCUUCGACGGCGGCUGGUGCGCGGCGCGCGAGGACACGCGGCAGUGGCUGCAGGUGGACGCCCGGCGCCUCACGCGCUUCACCGGCGUCGUCACCCAGGGCCUCAACUCCAUCUGGACGUACGAUUGGGUGACGUCCUACAAGGUGCAGGUCAGCAACGACUCCUACGAGUGGGCGCCCAGCUGGAAUGGCAGCGAGGAGGCGGUGUUCCCGGCCAACAAAGACCCCGAGACGCCGGUGCUGAACCUGCUGCCCUCUCCGCUCGUGGGGCGCUUCCUGCGCAUCAACCCCCAGAGCUGGUUCCCCAACGGCACCGUCUGCCUGCGGGCCGAGGUGCUGGGCUGCCCCGUGCCCGACCCCAGCGAUGCCCACGCCUGGCACCCGCCGCCCCCGGCCGAGCCUCCGCUGGAUUUCCGCCACCACAACUACCAGGAGAUGAGAAAGCUGAUGAGGAGGGUGAGCGAGGAGUGCCCCGACAUCACCCGCGUGUACAGCAUCGGGCACAGCUCCCGCGGCCGCCGCCUCUACGUGAUGGAGAUCUCCGACAACCCCGGGCAGCACGAACUCGGGGAGCCGGAGUUCCGCUACGUGGCCGGGAUGCACGGGAACGAGGUGCUGGGCCGGGAGCUGCUGCUGAACCUGAUGGAAUUCCUGUGCCGCCGCUUCCGCCUGGGCGACGCGCGCGUGGCGCGGCUGGUGACGGGCACGCGCAUCCACCUGCUGCCCUCCAUGAACCCCGACGGCUACGAGACCGCCUACCGCCUGGGCUCGGAGCUGGCCGGCUGGGCCACGGGCCGCUGGACGUACGAGGGCAUCGACCUCAACCACAACUUCGCCGACCUGAACACGGCGCUGUGGGACGCCGAGGACAACGCGCGCGUGCCCCACGAGUUCCCCAACCACUACAUCCCCAUCCCCGAGUACUACACCUUCGCCAACGCCACGGUGGCGCCGGAGACGCGGGCGGUGAUCGCGUGGAUGCAGCGCUACCCGUUCGUGCUGAGCGCCAACCUGCACGGCGGCGAGCUGGUGGUCACCUACCCCUUCGACAUGAGCCGCACCUACUGGAAGGCGCGGGAGCUGACGCCCACGCCCGACGACGGCGUCUUCCGCUGGCUGGCCACCGUCUACGCCGCCGCCAACCCCGCCAUGGCCGGCGCCCGGCCCCGCCGCUGCCACCACGACGACUUCGCCCGCUUCGGCGGCGUCAUCAACGGAGCGCGCUGGCACACGGUGGCCGGCAGCAUGAACGACUUCAGCUACCUGCACACCAACUGCUUCGAGAUCACCGUGGAGCUCUCGUGCGACAAAUUCCCGCACGCCUCCGAGCUGCCGCACGAGUGGGAGAACAACCGCGAGUCGCUGCUGCUCUUCAUGGAGCAGGUGCACCGCGGGAUCAAGGGCGUGGUUCGGGACAGUGACCGGGGGCAGGGCAUCCCCAACGCCAUCAUCUCCGUGGAUGGCAUCAACCACGACAUCCGCACCGCCUCGGACGGGGACUACUGGCGGCUGCUCAACCCGGGCGAGUACGAGGUGACGGCGCGGGCCCAGGGCUACGAGCCGGCCACGCGGCCGUGCCGGGUCUACUUCGAGAACGUUCCCACCCCGUGCAACUUCCGCCUGGCGAGGGCCUGGGACCGCCACCGGCCCGGCAGGACCCGCCCGGGCCCCGACCCGGCCCUGCGGCUGCAGCGGCUGCGCCUCCGCCGCCUGCGCGCCCAGGGCCGCGGGCAGUGA